AUAUAUUGAUUUCAGUUUAGUUUUAAAAGUAUUUUGGGACACAUUAUUUCUAAGAGGUGGUGGCAGAUCGUUCCAGAUUUUGGCUGCUGAGAAUUUAAAGCUCCCUCUAUACCCAACAGUUUUGUGGUGCGGUAAGGAUAUUUUAUUUUGUAUUUUACUGCGUGUAUUCACAUGAUGCUCAUCCUUUAACCAGUUAAUUUUUUCAUAAAGGUAGUCGGGUUUCUUGGUUGUUACAGUUUUUUGUAUGACAGGAUAAGUGCAAUACUCUUCGGCCCGCCAUUUUAAGUAUACAGUUCUUAUUAAGAUAUGGUGAGAUGUGGGCUCUUUUUGGCACCGAGUAGCAGAAUCGCAUGCACGCGUUCUGUACUCUUUGUAUAGCUUGGGCAGUUUUGGCAAAUAUUCUUGGCCCGUAGACUGCAUCACAGUAAUUGAACUGUGACAGGACAAGUGAUUCCACCAGCAUUAACCUGACUGGCUCAGUUAAAUGGUUCCUUACGCCAUACAAAAUUUUCAGUCUGUAGAACGCAUUUCUGAUUUUUACAUUGAUGUGCUCGAUGUAACGCAAUUCCUCGUCAACUACAAGGCCCAAAUUUUUCGCUGAGUGUACUUUUUCAACCACCUGUCCGUUGAUCAUUAUAUUAGGUUUAUGGCUUGCUACACGAUCACACUGAUUUUUAGUUCCUAAGACUAAAAAUUUGGAUUUUGUUGGGUUAAGAACUAAGUUGUUAUUAACUGCCCACUGAGAUAUAAUAUCUAAAUCUUCGUUAAUUUGUUCCACUGCCUGGCCGGUCUCUUGUGGAUCAAACGAUAGGUAAACUUGCGUAUCAUCUGCAUAUAAAUGAAUAGAACAAUGCUUUAGUCUAUUACUGAGAUCAGCUGUAAAAAGUGUAAAAAGAAUUGGACUUAGAAUGGACCCUUGCGGCGUUCCUUUGUUUACAGGUUUUACCGAGGAUCGUACUUCUUGGCCCUCUUCAUUUUCGGUUAGGACAUACUGUUCUCUAUUUGACAGGUACGAAUAAAACCAUUUUCGUGCCGAAAACGAAAUCCCAUAAUAAGACAUUUUAGCCAACAAAAGAUCUUUAUUGAUGCAAUCAAAGGCUCUUGAGAAAUCUAACAAUACUAAAAUACUACUUUUUCCUUCAUCCGAUGCUAAUAAUAUAUCAUCUGUGACUUUCGCGAGAGCCGUUGUGGUACUGUGUCCGCUUCGAACAAGAGCAAGUUGCCGAUUCGUAAUAAGCUGCACAUCUAUUACAAAGUGUAUAUCCGUACAGUUUUUUCAUAUGCCUCGGUCGCCUUCGCCCAGGCCACUCCCCGUCGCAAAGAGCCUACAGGUACUCCAAAACAAAUUCUUGCGGAAGCUGGGUGGGGCGCCGUGGUAUGUGAGAAAUAAUAAUUUGCACAAGGACUUGAGACUAACAACUGUAGCUCAACACUUUAAAGUGUUGAGUAGACGCUACUUUGAUAAAUCAUCCAAUCACGUCAUCGAUCUGAUAAGUCAUGCCUCGAAAUACACUUGUGCGUCGUCCGAGGCAUGUCCUAUUAGAUCCCAAUGAUCGGACAACUAUAAAUCAACAACGAGAGGCAGAAAUUGACAAAGGCAGGUUUGUGGCGAGUAGUAGGGAUACUUCCCCUAUUAUUCGCUACAAGCCUAACCUUCGCAGACCUGUGGGGUAUUACUCCCGCCGCCCUCACUGGGAAAGGAACAGGCUCUGCAGGAGUUGACUACUAUUUAUUACUAGCUACUCAAAAAUACAAUCUGUAAAUAGCAUUAUGUUUUGCUCCUUUUCGUCUUCGGUGGUAACGUGGCCUUUUCGACCGCGACACCAAUCUUGUCAUAAAAAAGGCAGUCACUGGUCACUUAAUAAUAAUAUAAUAUAGUAGGCGUAGGAAUGUGACGACCCCAUCGCCCGCUGGUUUUACCAGUGCAAUCAGUCAACGCAGGGCAGCUUGUGGCAAGCUGUUGGGGAGUAGCGACCUCACGUACCCGAGUGCUCCUGGGGAGUUCUGUUAGCCGCAAGGAGGGUGGGUGGGACAGGAUUCUCUGCCUCUGGCUUGCCUUAGCCGGCCGGCCAGAGUGGAGUCGUUAGAGCUAUAAGCUCCAGGGGUGGAAGUGAAAAAUUGCAUAAGACGCGAGUUGGCACAGUGGCUGCUCGCAGCCACUGGGUAGAAAGCGGCGUAAACCUCUCGACACCCCUGAGCCGCUCACACCGGUGUUGCCCUUGAGCCAUCCUAGAUGUCGCUUUUUGUGGGGGCCAAUCUUGUGGGGGAGAGUCACCGUCUGCCGGAAAUAAAAUUGAAUACCGUUUUAUUAGGCAGGCGUCCGGUUUUUUAUCCCAUAGCCCAGUAUUUAGUCCAUCGCUUUCACCCAAUAGCCCAGUUCAUUUUAGAUUCCAUCAACCCUCUAAUAGUCCUUACACCCUAGCGGGUGCUGCCUCUGCGUGCGUCCCAUGACACGGGCAAGGGCAACAUCCACUAGGUGUACCCCUUACAUUGUGACAAAAAACGGGGAAUAAGGCGCGAAGGCGUGAACAAUCUGCGAAAUCGACGCGAGGUUCCUCCAGCUCCACAUUCGCGUUCGCGUCUUCGCACCUUGAUUCGCGCACGAGUGAGGAGGGCCCUUUGCAUUAUCGGGACACAUCCUUGAGUGUGGCCUGGAUGAUGGAACCCUGAUUACCCUGAACCAUAUUUUCCUGAAUUGCCCCCGUCUUAAUCAUUCACAUUUGUACUCGUCUCAUUUUUCAAAAAAUCCCUCUUCCGUCGCAUAUGCCCUCAGUUUUAACUCCUAAUUUAAUAAUAUUUUUUUUUUAAUAAAUUUCGAAUCCUUUAAAAUUUUAUCAAAAUUAAAAAUUUAAAAUUGUGACUAUUCCGGGCUCCUUAAUCUGAUCAACACUUUCGUAAUAAAUUCCCAAUCCCGUUUUAUUAAAAAAAAAUCUAUACUAUAUUGACGUGAUGCUGGCAAAUGCCUCCGUGGCGAUAGCAAAAAAAAAAACCUAUUUGCUGUGCUUGGACUGCUUGGUGUGCUAUUAUGUAAUUAUGUAUUCACCGUUAUAACCUCAAUUUGCGCGUCUAUUUUUAUUACAGUUUACAUCUUAAUAAUAACACUGCGAUAUUAUUUACUCGUGUGAAAAUUAGAGUUAUGCACAGACUUAUAAGUUUAUAUCUCCAUGGAGUUAUGAUUAUGACUAUUUAUGACUGACGAAAUGACUGUCAUUCAACAGUACUGCUGUCAGUCUUGUUUAUUUUUGUUGGAUUAAGUGAGAAGAAAAUAGCGAACAUGGGAGAUAUUGCAAGAUCCUACAUUAUCAUGUCCAGGGAACUAUCAUCUUAUGGUCGUUAUGACAAGGCCUUGAAACUUUACGCUCUGACAUUUAAUAGAUAUCCCAGUAUCAAAACCAUGUUCGAGUCAGAAUUUCGGAUUGUACUUAAAAGGGUAAAUGAAACAUUAGCCAGCUUUGGUAAACUUGACGAAGUAUUUGCAAAUUUUGGCAUUGCCUUGAAUAUUUUUCCUGAAAAUAUUCAUCUCCUUAACGACAUUGGCAAAUUCUUGUAUAAAUUUGAAUAUUACACUGUGGCAUGGUCUCAUUUUCAGAAUGCUUUAAAGAUUGAUGCUGGAUUUGUUGAUGCUGAAAGAAACCUUAAUUCUGUUAAAAACCUAAUGGUUGAAAGAUGGCACUUUAGAAUGCUAAAUGAUAAAAUUCGGAAUGAGGCAUAUCAUGCAGCCAUCUGGGAGACAGUUAUACCCGCUCAGGACAGUGUACUUGAUAUCGGUACUGGAUCUGGGCUGCUAGCCCUCUACGCCAAUGAAUGUUCUCCUUUAGCAAUAACUGCCUGUGAAGGAUCGGAUGUUAUGGCAAAUCUUGCUAAAGUUAUUAUGAAUGAAAAUCAAGCCCAGGAAGUGGUAAUAAUCAAUAAAAUGUCUACAGAUAUGGACUCGGAGGAAAUUGGAGGGAGAAGGUCUUUGUUAGUAACAGAGGUGUUUGACUCUGGAUUGCUUGGGGAACAUGUGCUACAAUCCUUAUCUCAUGCCUGGGACAAUCUCAUUACCGAUUCUGGAAAAGUCAUUCCUCACAGUGCAGAAUUCUUUGUAAUGGGUGCCAAGUGUGACCAUCUUUAUAUGAAAUACCAAUUGCGGCAUUCAGCCAAAUGUUUGUUGAAAAUCCCAAAAAUGGCAGUUCAUACUUUGACAUUUGGUGAUACUUAUGAUUGCACAGAUAUGUCUGUAUUUAAAGAUGUUACAUAUAUGACAGAAGCAUGUUUGGUGUUAAAAAUAGAUUUUAAUAAUCCUGAUGAUAUACAGCAAGUGCUCCAGCAACGAGAGCCUGUAUUGGUGCCUCUGACUGCUACACAGACUGGUGAAAUCAACAUCAUUGUUGGCUGGUUUAACUUGCACUUGACUAAGAACAUUAUGAUUACUACAGAUCCAAAAUCAGAGAAUAGAGCAAAUGCUUGGCAACAAGCAGUCUUUUUGGAUUUUGUUUCUCAUCAUCUUGAACAAAAUGAAAUCCUUGAAACCCAGUUCUUAAUAAAUGAAGGCAGAAUGACUUUACUGUCUGAUAACCUGGAUCAUGUUACAAGAGUUUCACCAGAAACACUCAGAUUUUUGAAUGAUAUAGAGUACACUAAGAAAAUAAACGAUUGUAUUGCUAUGGCCUGUGUUUAUUUUGCACAGUUAUUAGAUAUUUCACAGAUUGAUAUUGUAGACUUGUGCCCCUUUCCUCUGUUUGGCUUGUUAAUGUUGCAGCGUGGUGCAAGAUCCUUGGUUUGUUCUGCCAAAUCUGUAAGUGAUAAAAGGUUUUUCAAGAAAGUAUUUAAGGCGAACAAGAUACCACAAUCUAAAAUAAAAUUCUUACUGGAAAGUGAAUUGACUAUUGAUUCUUUUGCCGAAGAAAAGUAUCAUGCAAUAUUUUGCAAUUCUUUUGAACUUUGUGGUGACAUAGAUUUAAGCCGACAAGAAUUAGCUUAUCACCUUAAAGAAAAUAAUCUGCACCCUGCAGGUCUGUUCAUACCGGCCACAGUGAAGCUGAUGGGGCAGUUGGUGGACAGCCCCUGGCUGGAUAGACAGAACAGAGUUUAUGACGAAAAUGUUAGUAAUUAUAAAAUUGCAAUGCAUGUCAACAAGUUCCAAGUAUCACAGAACUAUUGUCUUGACUUGACAACUAUGGAUUUUACUGAACUGUCAGCUCCUAUGAUUUUAGCAACAUUUACUAAUACAAUGGUGUCAGGUGUGGUCAAUGUUCCUAUUCUAAAUGAUGGCAACGCUAAUGCAAUAUUGUGUUGGUACAGUAUAGUGUUAGUUAAGGACAUGGGAGAAAUCCAAACGAACAGGAGUGACAGUUUCAUAGAUAGUAUGGCAUUUCUAGCAGACCCCAAAUUAUCUACAGUUCAAGGUGGGUCAGCUAAUAUUUUUCGAUGUGUGGACUGUAAUGGAUCAUUUAAACUGAUGAUUGAUAUAGAUGUUACGUAAAAUUUUUGAAUUCA